AUUGAGGAUUUUCUGUUUUUUUUUUUGCAUGCUUAUUAUUAAUAACAUCAUUUCACAACAUCAUGCAUGUGGAUCAAAAUUAUUUUAAUUGCUUUAAAAGAAUCAUGUUUUCGUAAUAAAAAAAGUACAUGCAUGUUCUGUGUAACAUUGUAGCUACUGGGAAUCAACUUAUUGGCUACAAUAUCAUCAAAGCUGAACCAGUCGAGCGGAUACCAUUAUUCGGAAGUUCAGGUGCAAAUACAAGCAAUCUCAAUCUGCAACCUAUAAGUUCGUUCUCGCAAUCACACAUCAGUAUGCAAACUUUAAGGCCUCAGAUAUCACCAGGACGAACACCAUCCCCUAUGGAUUACAACCCAUCUCUGGUGCAGCAACCGUAUCAACCAAGUAACGUUACACCAGUAAUGCAACAACCAAAUAUGUUGGAUGUUCAAUUUUAUAAUGAACCACAAUUAUCAGAUCAAUCGCAAUUGAAUCAGCUAACUGAACUUGUAAUUAAAAAAAUUAAAAUUAAAAAAUCAAGAUGGAUUACAGCCGUUAAAUAA